AUGGCUACCAAAACCAAAAGAUUCGUGAACGGAAAGCAAACCCAUUGAUUUUACUUAAAAGUUUCACCACUGGAGUAAAACCGACCACAGUAGUUGAUUGCGGAGAAAAACUAUGUCAUUUGAGGUAGGGUAGGUACUACCGAACUCAGUAACCGUGGCUAGCAACGAUGUUUACAAUUAUGAGGAGAAAAACAAAGCAAACAUGAGGCAAAAAUGUAGAGUAGACUAUACCAUGUGUCCCGUGGGAAUCCGGGUUAGAAUAGAUCCUCAGUACCCCUUGCUUGUAGGAAGAGGCGACUAAAUGGGGCGGUCCUUCAGAUGAGACUGCAAAAACCGAGGCCCGUGUCACAGCAGGUGUGGCACGAUAAAGAUUCGUUCCUGCCCAAACUUGUUUGACUCAAAGGCCAGUGGCGGAUUUAGGGGGGCGCAGCCGGCGCCCCCCCCCCUCCUUAAAAUUUUCAAAUUUAAGGAACUUCCGCCAUGUAACCAACAUGACAUUAAGUUGUGAUCAACAUACCCUGAGGAUGUAUUCACACUUAUCUAGCCGCGUAUUCUAAGGGUUAUAUACACAAGGAUAUAACAGGAUUGCUAUAUAAUUAAAGAUAAAGAAUAUGAUAUGAGAUGAAACGUAGGCGAAUUUUGAUCGUCCUCUUGACAUUGAUUGUAUCCACUGCAGGUGCUGGACGACGGAAGCGAGACUUGAACCAGUUCAGUAGGAUGAUCUACAUGACCACUGGUCGGGAUCCAUUUGACUUUAGUGAAUAUGGAAACUGGUGCGGUCUGGGAGGAAACGGAAGUGUGGUGGACGCAAUUGAUGAAUGCUGUUUCCAUCAUGAUAACUGCUAUGACGGGAUUAUCGCUAACCCUCUGUGUGAGAGUGUGUACAUUAUGAAAUACAACUCUGGAAUCAGCAAUCGGACAAUCGAAUGUUACGACGAAAGUCCUUGUGAAAAAGCGCUGUGCAACUGUGACAGAACAGCGUCUUUCUGUUUCCAGAGCAACCGAGCAGCUUACAAUGCGUCACACAAAGGAGUGUUUGCGAAGCUCAUGUCAAAAGUAACACAAACAUUUUACAAUUAACAUUAAACUGUGUUUAAAACCUAAUAAA